AUGCCAAAGACUACAAUAGAUGCUGUCAAAUGGCUUACAUUUCAAGCUUGUACAUUUAAAGGCCGUGAUGAAAGUCAUGAUUCUAAUAAUCGAGAGAAUGUUAUUGAAUUGAUAAAGCUCUUGGCAUCUUUUAAUGCGGAUGUGGCAGAUGUUGUGUUACACAAAGCUCCUCAAAAUGCUUCAUACUACUUGCAUCGAAUUCAAAAAGAAAUUCUUAAUAUUUUCUUUGACAAAAUACAAAGAUUUAUUCGUGAAGAGAUUGAUGAAGCAAAAUUUUGCAUUAUAGUGAAUGAAACUCGAGAAUCAAAGAGGGAGCAAAUGGCCAUUGUUCUAAGAUUUGUUGAUAAAGAUGGUUUUAUAAAGGAGCGUUUUUUUGACAUAGUUCAUGUAUUGAAUACAACAUCAGCAACUUUGAAAGAAGAAAUAUGUAUUAUCCUAUUUCGUCAUAAUCUCAGUGUACAAAAUAUUCGUGGUCAAAGGCAUGAUCAGUUGAAAGUUGCUCAAGCUGAAAAAAUUGUAGCAAAACUUGCCAUUGAUGAAGUUAAAACUAGUAAAAGCAAAAAUCUAGUUAGGACAUUGAAACGGAUUGGAGAUACUCGAUGGGGUUCUCACUUGGGAUCUAUUUCCAGUUUGAUAAAUAUGUUUGGUGCAACUUGUUCAAUCUUAAGUAAUGUCAUCAAUGAUGAAGCCACAUCUACUCAACGUGCAAAUGCAAAUGGAGUUUAUGAUAAGAUUACAUCUUUUGAGUUUGUGUUUAUCUUACAUCUUAUGAGAGAUAUUAUGGGGACUAUUAAUGAUCUUUGCCAAGCUUUUCAACAUAUUCCUGAUAUGAGUGCUCAUUACACAUCUGGUAGAGUUCGUGUUUGUCACCAAAGAGAUCACAUUACUAUUGAGCAUCAUUUUCAGUUUCAGCAGUUGUUGACAAUUUCUGAAUUGUGCCAAAUGUUGGUAUCAACAAGGAAGUCAACAAUUUAUCCUCUUGUCGAUAGAUUAAUUCGUCUUGUUCUAACUUUACCAGUUUCUACGGCGACAACAGAACCUACAUUUUUAGCCAUGAAAAUUGUAAAGACUAGAUUACGCAACAGGAUGGAGGAUGAUUUUCUUUCAAGCUACUUGUUAACAAAUGUUGAGAAAGACAUUGUUCGAGAUUUUGAUGUAGAUUCCAUCAUAGAUGUUUUUUAUGUAAUGAAUGAACGUCAAGCACAACUUUAG